GGGUAGUUUGUUUCUACGCAACCUCCGACGGCGAUUCGAAGUUAAAAAUCCGCAAUCGGUGGAGUGCAGGAGUUGAGUUUCUUCAUCCGUUCUAUCAAAGGUUGAGUGAGCGGAAGACAGAGGUUACGUUUUUCUCUCAUACUCCUUCCUCAUCUCUCAGCAGCAGCAGUAGCAGUAGCAGUUUUUGGGAACUUGAAACCCUAGUUUCAGUCUCUCUCUCUCUCUCUCUCUCUCUCUCUCUCUCUCUCUUGGCGUUUUCUUGCUGAUUUUGAUGUGAAAGGACCGAAAGGUAUUGAUCAAAACCGCCUGGGAUUGAGCGAGAUUUUGAUGUUUUUGGAUAGUUUUGCGAAAGAAAAUCGCCUUUUCAGCUUCGGAUCCGAAGAUUGAAAGACAGAAACUACGGGGUAAAAAAAAAGUGAUCGGAAGCCAACUCAUCUCGUUUUUUGUCCCUCGGAAGCUGCUCAUUUUUAUCGGUUGAGCGAUUCUAAGCUCUUGAUUUGGAGGCUUUCCGACCGUGAAUCGCGUUUGCAGCAACGGCUUUAAAAAAAUGGUGUGAACCUAUCCGAUCUCCUAUCUCUCAUCUGAAGCUUCUCGGUUUGGUAGUUCUGCGAUUUUAAUGUUUGAUUAGGAGGUUUUCGAACGAGAAUCGCGGCUUCAGUUUCGGAUUUGAUUAUUUGUUGGUUUCUAAUACGGGAACUAGCGGGUUAUGCGGUUUUGAACGAUCGGAUCUUGCUUUUCUGCGACGAAAGCGGUUUUAGAGCUCGAUUUGGAGAGUUUUAGGAGCAAUUUUCGCUAAAAAUCAGUAUCGGCGUAAUUGACGAGAAGAUAUAGAAAGAACGCUGGGUCUGAGCUGGAUUUUAAGCAUUUAGCUGUUUUCCAUACUAUAAUCGAGUUCUGUAGAAGAUUUUAGGGGUUUGUAGCGAAAAAGGGAAGAAAAUGCAGUUAAAAGGAGCUGAUUUACGGGGAUUUUAGGGUUUGUAUCUUUUGGUUAGGACUCAAUCCUUUCAUUUGAAGGUUUCAUGGUCAUUCCUGUAGAAAUCCAGCUGCUUGAUUUCGUAUCGCUCUGAAACCUGCUGAUUUACUGUGAUUUAAAGCCGUUGAUUUCACCGUUCUAGGGUUCCCACACAUUUGAAGGUUCGGAAGGUUACUAGCGUGGGAGAUGCGUGAGAUCAGGUUUCGCUCUGUCGUUUUCCGCUGCGGGCCCAUCAGACAUUCAUAGGAACAAUGCUCUGGUGCUUUUCCUAUAAAGCUUUCAAAGUUACUCUAUUUGAGAGCGUUCAUAUUUGGCUGAGAAUGCUUUUCUUUCUGUCGUAGAUUCCUUCUCUUGAAUGCUGCAGAGAGAAGGGAGAAAAGGAUUGUAGGAAAGUUCAAUUGAUUUGGGUUUUAAAAGAGAGAAAAAGUAGGAGUUUUGGGUUUCCAUAGUAUCCUGAGGAUACAAUUGCUUUUUCCUCUGUCUCAUUUGCCUUUCCUGACCAUUUUAUCUAAACGGGUUAAUGGGGUAUUGUCGUGGGUGUUUGGGGGUAACAGGUUAGGAGAGCAUGAGCUUAAAUGAUGGUAAUAGUACUGUGUUACGUAUUUCUUUUUUCUGCUUCUGGGUUUUGCUCCGAAGUUUCCUCCCACAGAGAAAGCGAAAUCUAGAUUUGUGAGAUGGGUUUGAGAGAUUGGGUCUGUUGAAGAAGGUGCUUGUUGGAAACUGCAGCUGUGAUGAAUACUAAUCUACAACCUAAACGUGGGAAGCAGGACAAGGGGUCGGAUGUUGCCGAGAAGGUUGUCGUUGCUGUUAAGGCAUCGAAGGAAAUUCCGAGGACCGCUCUUGUGUGGGCUUUAACUCAUGUUGUUCAACCUGGGGAUUGUAUAACACUGCUGGUGGUAGUCCCAGCACAUAGUUCAGGUAGAAAACUAUGGGGAUUUCCAAGAUUUGCAGGAGAUUGUGCUAGCGGCCACAGGAAGUCUCACUCAGGAACUACUACAGAGCAGAAGUGUGAUAUUACAGAUUCUUGUUCCCAGAUGAUGCUUCAACUCCAUGAUGUUUAUGACCCGAACAAGAUAAAUGUCAAGAUAAAGAUCGUUUCUGGAUCACCAAGUGGAGCUGUGGCUGCAGAAUGCAAGAGAGCCCAAGCAAGCUGGGUUGUAUUGGACAAACAGCUGAAGCAAGAGGAGAAACGCUGCAUGGAAGAACUACAAUGUAACAUCGUCGUCAUGAAACAUUCUCAACCAAAAGUGCUUCGUUUGAAUUUGGUAGGAUCACCUAAGAAAGAGCCUCCUUUGCCUUCUGUGAUGCAAGAAGCAUCUGCAAAACCUCCGAAGGAUACUAAUGAUCCACUGAAUUCCAUUCGAGGGCCAGUCGUAACACCAACUAGCAGUCCGGAGCUAGGAACUUCAUUCACUGCAACCGAGGCUGGGACAUCAUCGGGGUCAAGUUCUGAUCCUGGAACUUCACCAUUUUUCAUCUCUGAAAUCAAUGGAGGUACAAAGAAAGAGGAAUCACUAGUGACAAAGGAAAAUAGGAAUCUGGAUGCUACUAUCUCUGACACAGAUAGUGAAAAUUUGAGUCCUUCAACAAGCUUAGACUUCCAGCCAUGGAUGACAGAGAUUCUCAAUGCUAGCUGUCCAUCUUCAAAACACACUAAAGAAAGCUUAAAACGACAAAAUGCUAAUGCUCAAACUUCCACAGCGAAAGCCUUGCUGGAGAAAUUCUCUAAACUCGAUCAAGAAGCUGGAAUAGGGAUGCUGAACUACAGAGCAGAUCUUGACUACAGUGGAAAUGUUAGAGAGGCAAUUUCUCUCUCCAGAAAUGCACCUCCAGGCCCACCGCCACUGUGUUCAAUAUGUCAGCACAAAGCUCCCGUGUUUGGAAAACCUCCAAGAUGGUUUAGCUAUGCUGAGCUGGAGCUUGCUACAGGUGGGUUUUCACAAGCAAAUUUCCUGGCAGAAGGUGGAUUUGGAUCUGUUCAUCGAGGGGUCUUACCAGACGGCCAGGCAGUUGCUGUCAAGCAACACAAACUGGCAAGUUCUCAGGGGGAUCAUGAGUUCUGCUCGGAGGUGGAAGUUCUGAGCUGUGCACAGCACCGGAACGUUGUUAUGUUGAUCGGGUUCUGUGUCGAGGACAGGAGAAGGUUGCUGGUUUAUGAAUAUAUCUGUAAUGGAUCACUUGAUUCCCAUCUUUAUGGUAGGUCUUUUGGCAUCCAUGGACGUAAUCGAGAACCUUUACCUUGGUCUGCUCGACAAAAAAUUGCAGUAGGAGCUGCUCGAGGGUUGCGGUACCUUCAUGAAGAAUGUAGAGUGGGUUGCAUUGUCCACCGUGACAUGAGGCCAAACAAUAUUCUCAUCACCCAUGAUUAUGAACCACUGGUUGGAGAUUUCGGCCUUGCAAGGUGGCAACCAGAUGGUGACUUGGCUGUGGAAACAAGAGUGAUUGGAACCUUUGGGUACCUCGCACCAGAGUACGCCCAAAGUGGGCAAAUUACAGAAAAAGCAGACGUCUAUUCCUUCGGAGUGGUACUUGUGGAGCUUGUUACAGGGCGGAAAGCUGUGGACAUCAACCGGCCCAAGGGCCAGCAAUGUCUGACUGAAUGGGCACGCCCCUUACUGGAAGACUACGCGAUUGAUGAAUUGGUGGACCCAAGCUUGGGGAAUCGGUAUUCGGAACAUGAGGUCUAUUGCAUGCUUCAUGCUGCAUCCUUGUGCAUUCGGCGUGAUCCCCAUUCAAGGCCACGGAUGUCUCAGGUGCUUCAUGUAUUGGAGGGUGACAUGGUCAUGGAUUCAAACUACGUAUCAACGCCUGGAUACGAUGCUGGAAGCAGGAGUGGGAGGUUGUGGCCAGAGCAUCAGCAGCAAUACAGUGGCCCAAUUAUCAACGAAGCAUCUGAGGUAUUUAGUGGAAAACUAUCUUAUGAGACUUUGAGAGCAGCUUACUGGGAGAGGGAGAAGGCAAGGCGAGCCUCAUGUGAUGAUGAUCCAUAAGCAGGUAGGUAUAUGCAGCACAUGCGACAUGCAAUAUAUAUAUUCUUUUUCUCUUUUCCCCCCUUUUGCUUCUUGUCUAAUGAGUUCUUUUUCCACUAGGGUGUUGUUUGUAUAGCAGUAAGCAUUAUUCGGUUCAGUAAUUCAUUUGGCAAGUGAAAGGAACAGUAAUUGAAUGGCAGUGUGGUAUUUAGAAGAAGUUGGUUGA